AAGUGUGAGAGGUUCGGGUGUUUAGUGUAUCAAGUUUUUUUACGGUAGCGCCGCGGCACUUAUGAACAAGCGUAUCGGAAUGUGACCGUCUGCUCACCGCAAAACCAAAAUACUUGUGAUCCUUUCCAGAGCCAGAUAACACGAUUUCAUGUUUUCGCGAUUUUUGUCUGCAUCUUGCUCAUAUCGGCACAUGAACGAUAGCAAACACAAACUUGUAGCGAAAGGUCGUAUACAUAAACUUGCAUCUCUUUUGUAGGAAAGUAGAUUUUGAAGAAAAUAGCGAGUUAUGACCUCAAUUUGCCCCGAUUCGUCUGAAGCUAGGUUGGUGGGAGAGCCAGCUGAUGCAAGUGUCAAUAGAUUUUAUUGUGUGUGAGGGAAACAUGAGUCAUUCAUCACACAAUAGUAAUCUGUGUGUUCGCAUCGAAGUCAAUGCCCCUACACAGUGAAGGUGACACGGAGUUUACCAACUAUAGUAAUCUGGUUCCAAGAAUUAUUUUUCAACGUAAACUUUUAUGAAACACCACAUCUAUUCCUUUGUCCGAGUAUUAUUAGUAGCUUUUGGUUGUUUUCUCGAGUGCGUCGUUCGCUCAUUUAUUGCUCGAUUAACUUGGAAUCUUUUGAUGUUGGUUGAUAUUUUGUAAGUAUCUUUUGUGAUUUUGCCAUGGAGACGGGUAAGGAUAAUCAUGAUGAUGACCCUCGUCAUAAUGCAUCAAGAAUCGACAUGUCUGGUCGUCAAACACACAAUUUGAGAGCAAGGAAUCGACUUGGGAGCAGAUACAUUGCACCAAUGGCAGACAAAGUGCGCCGCAAGCGGCCACAAAUGAAGAGCAUGACCAGACCUUUGAAACAAUGGUUAUAUGAUAACAAAGACUAUCCUUACCCGGACCGAAAAGAGAAACUCCUUCUGUCAAUGGAAUCUACAAUGACAAUGAUACAGGUGUCUAAUUGGUUCGCUAACGCCCGCAGACGCCUCAAGAACACUGUUCAUGAUCCGGAGAUGUCAUGGGAGCAGCGAAUUCAUAAGUACAACAAACACGUGACAGGCAACGCUGAGAGGCUCAGCAUCAGCUCACCAGACAGCUCCAUGGAUUCAUCAGAGGUAGAGGACAUUGACGAUGAAAAAUUAAACGGAAUGGAGGAGUCGGAUAAUAGUAGUACUGUGAACUAUGCCCAUGAUGUCUCGGCGUCUUCUACCGAUCACCAAGACAUCCACCAAGAUGUCGAUGAGGUCAGUCAUCCAGAACUUGUACCACAUGCACCGAUUCCUCAGAGUGCAUCUCACGGCAUCCAACAAAGACAAUCGUUACCAACUCACAAGUACAAACAUAGCAUCAUGCAACGCUACCUCAACGAUACAUAUCGCCAAGCUCAGAAGCUGCACUUAGGAACAUUCACAGACUCCAUGAAUAGCUCACAAUCUUAUGUACCGGAGAACACUUUCAACGUUCCGGUAAACACGGAACGCCCCACUGGGAAAUUAACUGGGCAGGAGUGGUCCAAGUUAAGGGUGUCGGGAUCAGUGGGCUCCCACGAGUAUGAACGCAUGUCAACGUCACAUGAAAUUACCUCGUCUUCUAGCAUUGGCAGUCAUCGCAAAAGACACUGCUCGGAAGAAUACUCUUUAACGUCAUCAUCUGAUGAUUGGACAUCUUUCCUCAAGGACACCAAAAGUACCGACUUCAAAAACGAGGAGGAUGAAGAGGUGUACUGGCAAGAGAUAGUAGCAGCAGUCGCUCUUACCAACAUGGCGCGAUCACGACAUCUUGGGAAAUAACUCUUUGAACGAUGAUAGAACCGAACAAGGUGCACUUGUCUUUCUUUUUUGUCAUUCGUCCUUCAAAAUGAAUGAUAAAUAUCUACGGUAUUUCUAAAACAAUCGCCUCCAUAGUCCGAAAGAAAAGUAUUUCAUAACAUAAUUACAAAGAAGAGUGUGAUAAUUAGAAAAGAAACGACUUGUAAUCGUACCUUCAAAGAGGAUCGGUUCGCUGAUGACAUACCGACUGCGGUCAUUAACGUCUGCUUUCAUCGAUCUCAACAACAUGCAUCUAUCAUUGAAGCAGUCGAACAAGUCCAAAGAAGCCAGUCCAAGCCUAACUGAAGUAACACUGUCACGGGACUCAUAUACUUUUGUUUCAGCGUUUUAAUGGUUCCAACAAGCCUGACAAAUCACUGGGAUAGUACCGGGGAAGUGUCUUGUUAGCGACUAUGUCAAUCACGCGUAUUAGAGCUACUUGGACCUAUUUUGAACAAACUUUCAAUGGGAUGAAUGACUGCCACGUCACGCUUUAUGUUAGAGCAUGUUUAGUUCACUCUACCUGCAAAAACAUUCUUUAAAUUCUAUGAAGGGGAUUCUUCGCGCCCUUCUAGAAGACAAAAAAAAAAACGAAAAUGAGAUUCACACUGAGUCGUUGUUGUGGACGCUGAAACUUUCCUCUGGAAGGAUAUGGAUGUAUUUAGUAUAUCUUUCUUUCCGCCAACUUGGAUGACAAAAAACCGCUGAUAGACAUGAUCAAAUAUCAAAGAUCUGUUUGAGCUAUACCCUACACGAUUUAGAGUUUACAUAAUCAUGUCCGGGCGAGUCUCAAACCAAAAUGCCUCAACACCAUUUUUGCUUGGGACAAGCCCAAGUCCGGUUUGCGAGAGAGAUAUUUUUGCAUGUCUCCCUCUAUUGUUCGUCAACGAUCAAUGUAAUAUUGCAGCUUUUAGUGAAGAAGAU